AUGACGAAGCUGCCGUGGUGGCGCGCCGACGCGUCGGAGCUGGUGGCCGUGACGGCGAUGGGCGUCUGGGAGGCUGUGCUCGCCGGCGGCGGCAGGAGAUUCAUCAAGCGGAAGGACAGCGACGCCGGCGAGACGGGUCGGGCACUGGAGGAGUUGCGAAGCUCCUUGUACAAUGAAAUGCAUAGUUCAGAAGGUGCUAAGCGCCAGCAGCAGCGAUUCUGUGGACCAAGUGUUGCACUGACAUUCAAUUUUGCUAUUGCUGUUGGGAUUAUCAUGGCAAAUAAAAUGGUGAUGGGGAGUGUUGGAUUUAAGUUCCCAAUUGCACUCUCAUUAAUUCAUUACGCAGUUGCAUUUGUUCUAAUGGCUACCCUUAAGACAUUAUCCUUGUUACCGGUUGCUCCUCCAUCGAAAUCCACUCCUUUCUCUUCUAUAUUUGCUUUGGGUACUGUAAUGUCCCUGUCCACUGGGCUAGCCAACGUGAGUUUGAAACAUAAUAGUGUAGGUUUCUAUCAAAUGGCUAAGAUUGCUGUAACCCCAACAAUUGUCGUAGCCGAAUUUAUGCUUUUCCAGAAGAAAGUUUCCUCUCAAAAGGCUGUCACACUGGCAGUUGUGUCAUUUGGAGUCGCUGUAGCGACUGUUACUGAUUUGGAGUUCAACUUUUUCGGUGCUUGUGUCGCAUUAGCAUGGAUUGUUCCUAGUGCCGUGAACAAAAUCCUUUGGUCAAGUUUGCAACAGAGUGGAAACUGGACCGCCCUUGCGCUAAUGUGGAAGACUACUCCAAUUACGAUAUUUUUCUUAUUGACAUUGAUGCCUUUGCUGGAUCCCCCUGGCUUGUUGUUGUUCAAUUGGAACUUCAGAAACAGCUGUGCUAUUAUCAUUUCUGCAUUGUUCGGUUUCCUUCUUCAGUGGUCUGGUGCUUUGGCACUCGGUGCGACGUCAGCUUUGUCUCAUGUUGUGCUGGGCCAAUUCAAAACCAUCGUCAUCAUGCUCUCCGGCUACCUGAUCUUCGGCUCCGACCCUGGGAUCACCAGCGUCUGCGGAGCCGUCAUCGCACUCGGCGGCAUGUCGUUCUACACCUACCUGGGUCUGAAGAAAGACUCGGCGACCAGCGGCAAGAAAGCGCCGUCGAGACAGAACUCCUUCAUGGGGAGACCUAAGGUCGCUGCAGACAGUGAUGACGCGGAUUCAGAGCAAGAGGAUACCGUGUAG